AUGACAGGAGACGAUAGAGUUCUAAAACUUGUGAUAAAAAGUGCUGUGCUUUCUGCAAAAGUAGACGAAAACAUAGAAAGCCUACUGCAUGCCGCAUCAAAGAAUGGUCACCAUGCUGUUGCAAAGUUUCUAGUUCAAAAUGGAGCGCAUGUCAACCAUGAAGAUAAAAACGGGGAGACGCUGUUACAUAUUGCUUCAAAAAGUGGCCAUGAUACUGUCGUAAAGUUCCUAGUACGAAAUGGAGCAAAUGUCAACCGUAAGGAUAAAAACGGGUACACACCGCUGUAUGUGGCAAUUCUCAUGGGACAGAGUGAGAUUGCGGAGUAUUUGAUCAAAAAUGGAGGAGACGGGAAUGCGAGGAACGAUGACGAGUACACACCGCUGUACGUGGCAGUACUACUGGGACACAGAGAGAUUUCGGAGUUCUUGAUUGAAAAUGGAGGAGACGUAAAUGCGGGGAGUGAUGAUGAGGAGACUUUGUUACACACUGCUUCAAAGAACGGUCACCAUGCUGUUGUGGAGUUUCUGAUACUAAAUGGAGCGAAUGUUAAUGCCGUAGACAAGAAUGGAGUACGGUUUUGCUAA